CAAAGUCAAACAAUAUUGUUGUCGAUUUCAUUUCAGCUUGUUCGUAACAAAUACAAGUUUCUUGAUAAAGUGUAACAAAUUGACUAAUUGAAAUGUCAACCUAAAUUAAAAAGAGAAACUUUUGCGAAACACAGAAAAAGAGAAAGAGAGAAAAGGCAGGCAGGGAUAAAUCAACGGACUUUCCCUGGGAAGAAAAAAUGUUCACCGGAGAAGAAUGUCCUCCAUGAUCUUCUUCUACAGGUUUCUGUACUGCUUUUGGGCUGCUUUGAGAACGGAUGAUUCCGUUUGUGAAGGAACAAGUGGGAAUUGGGGAGGGAGGGUUGGUGUUUGUGUGUUUUGAUUACUGAUGUUUUCUGCUGGAGAGGGAAAGAAAUGGACUCGUCGGAAAGCUGGUCUUGUAAGUCUACAAAAAGUGGCAUCUUUGGUUCGGGAUCUGAGAGAGCCUUGUCUUUCACAAUCUCGCAUACAAGUUGUUUUGACUAUUGGCAAAAUGCUUAAGCCUGAGAAGUGGCAGGCUUUAUUCGAUGGCGAUGGAAAGGUUUCCAGUUUCCACAAGGCGCUCAAAUUAAUUAUUUUGGGGGGAAUCGAUCCAUCCAUAAGAGCUGAAGUUUGGGAAUUUCUCCUUGGCUGUUAUGCAUUAAGCAGCACCUCUGAGUAUCGUACGCAACUCAGGGUAGCUCGAAGAGAACGAUACAAUGAGCUGCUCAAGCAAUGCCAGAUGAUGCAUUCGACUGUGGGAACUGGUUCACUUGCCUAUGUUGUCGGAUCUAAAGUUAUGGAUAUGCGAAAAUCAUACAAAAAUGAGGUAGUAAAGGAGGAUAUAGAUGAAAGCCGGGAAGCUUGUUUAGAUGGGCAUGAGAACACUGACAAUCACGGUGAUUGGAGUAAUAAUGAUACUGAAAAAUCUCCUGUGCGCAGAAGUGGAAGCUCCAGUGAGUCAGUUGACCUAGUCAGUCCUGAUAGCACAAUAUAUGAAACUUCUUCUUUUGUACCCCCGUCCAGUCCAUAUGGCUUUCCUUCCCCUGGUCCAUUUGCAGAUGAUAUCUUUGACUUUCCCUCUCUACCGGUCACAGAUUUGUUUGGGAGGAGUAGUUUAGGCAAGAAAGGACUUUCUACUCCAGAUGAAGAAACUUCAACGCAAAGUGAUUUAAGAUCGGAGGAUGAGAGAAUGCACAGUUUUCGAAUUGACAAGAAUGCAGAUUUAGUUAUAGAACCGCAUGGGUCUUCUUAUAAUGAUGUAACUGCUUCUAUUAACUCAGAAAUUGAAGUUGUACAUCUUCAAUCUGUUGAAAAGUUGUCUCAUUCUGUCUGCACGUCAGAGAUUGUUGAUGGUUUGAGAAUAUCAGAUGUCCCUGAAACGCCGUCGGCAAGGGAGACUCAUACUCGUGGUGGGACUGUAAAGGAAGAUCGAGUCUCUGAAUGGCUUUGGACAUUGCACCGGAUAGUUGUUGACGUGGUAAGGACAGAUAGCCACCUUGAGUUCUAUGAGGAUCCAGGAAAUCUAGGUAGAAUGUCAGAUAUCCUUGCGGUCUAUGCUUGGGUUGAUCCUGCAACUGGUUAUUGCCAAGGAAUGAGCGAUUUAGUGUCUCCAUUUGUAUUUCUUUUUGAAGAUAAUGCUGACGCCUUUUGGUGCUUUGAAAUGCUCAUAAGAAGAACGCGUGCUAAUUUCCAGAUGGAGGGACCAACUGGAGUAAUGGAUCAAUUGCAAUCACUAUGGCGUAUAUUGCAACUCACAGAUAAAGAAAUGUUUUCACACCUAUCACGUAUUGGUGCUGAAAGCCUUCACUUUGCGUUCCGGAUGCUGUUAGUGUUGUUUCGACGAGAGUUGUCUUUUAACAAGGCUCUGAGGAUGUGGGAGAUGAUGUGGGCUGCUGAUUUUGAUGAGUCUUUUGCUGAAACUUUAGAGAAGGAUUGCUUGAAGCCGUUGGUUGUUCAGCUUCCAAAACGAUCUGGAGUUGAUAUGGGGGACCAUAAAAUAGAUGAUGGAAAUGGCACAACUACAAAUAGUGAAUCAACUUCAAAGAGCGACCGGACUUCAAAGAGCAGUCUGUUGUCCAAGAGCGGUCUACUGCCAGAAAGUGGUCCAUUGCCAAAAACUGGUCCGCUGUCUGAUGAUUUUGGGAUGAAGCCAGCAGGUUCAUACAGUUUAUGUGGCUUGACAAGAAAUUUAUGGUCUAGGAAUGAAAGAACCCAUGCCUCUUGUGUAGUUUCAUCCUGUGGGAAAGGAGAUGACCCUCUUCCAGUCUUUUGUGUGGCGGCUAUUCUAAUCAUGAAUCGGCAUAAAAUCAUGAAAGAAACUCGCUCGAUCGAUGACAUGAUAAAGAUUUGUAAUGACAAGCUGCUUGCAAUUAGAGUGAGAAGAUGCAUACGCACAGCCAUAAAACUUCGUAAGAAAUACUUGUACAAGGUUAGAUGCUCAACAAGUUGAUUCUUCUUUUCUUCUUCUUCGAAAUUCCUUCAUAUGAAUUGAAACGUUAUAUCUCAGUGCAUUCAUUUACUAGCGUAUCCUUUCAUACUUAGGGAUAAAGUAUACAUAGUUUUGUUGCAUCUGGCAAUAUUCCAUCCUCAUAUCGAACUGCAUACCUUUUAUUAGAAUCAGGUAAUCAAGAUUGAGAGCCACAUUCAGUCUCAGAAUCAUAAACACCAUGAGAUACAGAAUCAAACCGCGAUGGAGAACCAAAUCCCAGAAGAGAUUACAAGUCAUGAUGAGAACUGUAGCCAAAGACCAAGUUUAUGCAAUGGUCCUGUCAUGCCCCUUAGAGAAUGAUGACUGAUGAGUACGAUAGAUUCCACCUAUAAUUUAUAAUAUUAUUUCUAGAUUUCCAUAGUCUGCUAAGAUAUACAAAAGAAGAACAAUUGUAGAAUAGGUAGGUCGUCUUUAGAUUUUGAAGAAGGUUUUGCUAUAACAUUUAUGAGGUUAUCUAUGUAUACUCCGUUAAUUUAUGUGAUCGAUAUCUUUGAUUCCAUCGGUACACAUGUUGAGGCUUGAGAGC